AAAAUGAACAAAAUUAUAUCAAAGAAAAAAAUCAAAUUGUAAUUUCGAAUGAUAGAUUUACUUCACAAAAAUACAAUCAUUCGGUUAUAUGGAUAUCUAAAAAAAAUACUUUUAUUUAUUCUUCUUUUAUAACUGAAUUUUCAACUCAAAAAAUAUUUAAUUAUUUGAAUAAUGAAAAAUCUUCUUAUUAUUUUUUAAAUUUGAUAUUAAAAAAUAGUAAAGUGAUUAAAAAAAUAAAUAAUGGAUACUACAAUAAUAAAUCUUGGAUUGUUGAUUAUAAUAUUAUAUUAAAUAAUAUUGAUAAAAUAAGAGAAUUUAUUAUACCAAUUAAAAAAUCAGAAUUAGAAAACUUGGAAAAAUUAAAUAAUAAUUUUGAAAUAUAUGAAUAUAAUGAUACAGAAUAUGUUGAUAUAAGAUAUAUUAAAAAUUAA